GCGGAGCCUGGCCACCACGCCUGCACACCUCCAGCUGUACAGGUAGCUGGGCAGAGCCUGGAAACAAAGUCAUAGGAGCAACACCUUAAAAAAAAAGUCUUCCCGCCUGGACUUCUCGCUCGCCAGUCGCAGGAAGCCCUCGGAGCCACCACCAUGGGAAUGUCCAAAUCACCGAGUUGCUUCGGUUAUCCCCUGAGCAUCUUCUUCAUCGUGGUCAAUGAAUUCUGUGAAAGAUUUUCCUACUAUGGAAUGAGAGCACUCCUGAUUCUGUACUUCACACAGUUCAUUGGAUGGGACGACAAUCUGUCUACCGCCAUCUACCACACGUUUGUUGCUCUGUGCUACCUGACGCCAGUUCUUGGUGCUAUCAUUGCCGACUCCUGGCUGGGAAAGUUCAUGACAAUUGUGUCACUAUCCAUUGUCUACACGAUUGGACAGGUAGUCACUGCAAUAAGCUCCAUUAAUGACCUAUCAGACUUCAACCACGACGGAACCCCUGACAGAAUUUCUGUACAUGUGGCACUGUCCAUGAUCGGCCUGGCCCUGGUAGCUCUAGGUACUGGAGGAAUCAAACCCUGCGUAUCUGCAUUUGGUGGAGAUCAGUUUGAAGAGGGCCAGGAAAAACAAAGAAAUCGAUUUUUUUCCAUCUUUUAUUUGGCCAUUAAUGCUGGAAGUUUGCUUUCUACUAUCAUCACUCCCAUUCUCAGAGUUCAAAAAUGCGGAAUUCACAGUAAACAAGCUUGUUACCCACUGGCAUUUGGGGUUCCUGCUGCUCUCAUGGCUAUAGCUCUGAUUGUGUUUGUCAUUGGCAGUACAUUGUACAAGAAGGUCCAGCCCCAGGGUAACAUCAUAGCUAAAGUCAUCAAAUGCAUUGUUUUUGCCAUCAAAAAUAGAUUUAAGCAUCGGAGUACGGAAUUUCCCAAAAGGGAGCACUGGCUGGACUGGGCCAAAGAGAAGUAUGACGAGCGGCUUAUCGUUCAAAUAAAGAUGGUGACCAGGGUGAUGUUCCUGUAUAUUCCACUCCCAAUGUUCUGGGCCUUGUUCGAUCAGCAGGGCUCUAGGUGGACACUACAAGCAACAACUAUGAAUGGGAAAAUUGGAAGUAUUGAAAUUCAGCCAGAUCAGAUGCAGACUGUGAACGCCAUCCUGAUCGUUAUCAUGGUCCCCAUUGUAGAUGCUGUGGUGUAUCCUCUGAUUGCAAAAUGCGGUUUCAAUUUCACCUCCUUGAAGAAGAUGACAGUUGGAAUGUUCCUGGCUUCCAUGGCUUUUAUGGUGGCUGCAAUUGUGCAGGUGGAAAUUGAUAAAACUCUUCCAGUCUUCCCCAAAGGAAAUGAAUUCCAAAUUAAAGUAAUGAAUAUAGGAAAUAAUAACAUGACUAUAUUUUUUCCUGGACAAACGGUGACACUUGACCCACUGUCUCAAACAAAUAAUUUUAUAACUUUGGAUACGGACAAACUGAACAAGAUAAACGUUUCUUCUGCUGGAUCAUCAAUCACUACAGUAAAUAAUACCUUUGAGAAGGGCAAUCGCUACACCCUUCUAGUGUGGGCCCCCAAUCAUUACCAGCUGGUGAAGGAUGGCCUUAACCAGAAACCAGAAAAAGGAGAAAAUGGAGUCAGAUUUGUAAAUGCUUUAAAUGAGACUUUAAAUGUCACAAUGGAUGAUGGGAAAGUUUAUAUAAACAUCGCCCCUCACACUGGCAGUGAAUAUCAGUUUUUCUCUUCUGGCAAAAAAACCUUCACACUAAGCCUAGCAGGGAUUUCAGAACAGUGUAGAAAUUCUUUUGAAUCAUCCAACCUUGAAUUCGGUAGUGCAAAUACCUAUGUAAUCACAAGGAAGAGUGAUGGCUGCCCCGAACCGAAGAUGUUUGAAGAUAUUUCACCCAACACAGUUAACAUAGCUCUGCAAAUCCCGCAGUAUUUCCUUCUCACCUGCGGCGAGGUCGUUUUCUCUGUCACAGGAUUGGAGUUCUCCUAUUCUCAGGCUCCUUCCAACAUGAAGUCGGUGCUUCAAGCAGGAUGGCUAUUGACAGUGGCUGUUGGCAACAUCAUAGUGCUUAUCGUGGCAGAGGCAGGCCAGUUCAAUGAACAGUGGGCUGAGUACAUUCUGUUUGCUGCGUUGCUACUGGUUGUCUGUGUCAUCUUUGCCAUCAUGGCUCGAUUCUAUACUUAUGUCAAUCCGGCAGAGAUCGAAGCUAGGUUUGAUAAGGAUGAAGAGAAAAAGAACCCGGAAAACCCAUAUUACACAUUGGAUCCCGUCUCGCACACACAGAUGUGAAUGUCAGCAAGCAAGUGGAGGAUGGAUUGGGCCCAGAACAGGCCCUGACUUCUGUCCCCAGGUGGCAGGACACUCUGUAAUAUGGCCCCUAAUGGGGAAGACUUCAGAAUUGUGAACCAAACCAAGAAGGCUAUUUUCUAAGAAACCAUCAUUGAAACUAAAACUGGAAAAAGCCUUUUUUAUUUUAAGAGAAGUCUUAUUUAAAGUGUACAUGAGUACACACACACACACACUCUUUUACAACUCUGAGAGCAUAUCCUGCAUUUAACUCCUUUCCUACCACAUAGAUGAAGUUAUUUUGGACUAACUUAAUUUUUUGAAAGGGUGGCAAAGUUCCAUAUUUUUUGCAUUCUAACACUUUAUGAAAACGAUGCUAAAUGGGGCACGAGACAAUGUGAAAGUGAAUUGAUAGGCUUUGGGAUAGCAGCAUCAGCUAGUAUUAACCUUUUCCUUUUGUUUUUUCUUUUGUUUUUCCAGUCCCCGCCUCUUUUUAAAUUAUGUACAACUCAAAAAAUCACUCAGACAAAAGCCAGUAAUGAUUUUUGGAGUUUCAAUGAUAUGAAAUAAACUCUUGUUCUUAAGAA